AUAACAAGCAACAGAAGAUCAUUUGAAGUCGACUAUGAAAACAACCAAUUCCUCAAGGAUGGACAGCCUUUCCGGUACGUUUCCGGAAGUCUUCACUACUUCCGGGUCCCCAGAGAGUACUGGCAAGACAGGCUGAGGAAGUUGCGAGCUGCUGGACUCAAUGUGGUCAGCACAUACAUCGAGUGGAGUCGUCAUGAGCCAAGGAGAGGACAAUACGACUUUACAGGAGACAAUGACAUAGAGCAUUUCAUCAAGCUGGCUGAACAGGAAGGUUUACUGGUCAUCUUAAGACCUGGGCCCUACAUCUGUGCUGAGAGAGAUCUGGGCGGAUACCCACCUUGGAUACUUCAUGAAAAUCCCAAAAUGAUUCUGAGAACAAAUGAUUCCAGUCACACACACCAUGUGAGAAGCUGGUUGGAGGUGUUCUUGCAAAAGAUACAACCCUAUCUCUAUGGCAACGGAGGACCAGUGAUCAUGGUUCAGAUUGAAAACGAGUAUGGUAGCUACCCCAUAUGUGAUAGAAGAUACACUUUCUGGCUGCGAGAUAUUUUCCGAAGCUACAUCGGCUCUAACGCAGUCCUGUUCACAACUGAUGGGAACAUUAGUUUUUUCCUCAGAUGUGGUCCGAUUCCUGGAGUCUUUAUAACAGUCGACUUUAGCCACGGUGUUAAUGUAACGAACGCAUUUAAGCCUCUGAGGGCAAUUCAACCACACGGGCCUCUAGUGAACUCUGAGUUCUACACUGGCUGGUUAACUCACUGGGGUCAGCCGGGAGAAAGUGGAGCUUCUACUUCAGGCGUAGUCAAUACCACUAGGAGUUUACUGGCCAUGAACGCUUCUCUUAACUUCUUCAUGUUCUUCGGUGGUACCAACUUUGGUUUCACGUCAGGUGCGAACAACCUACCGUUUCAACCACAAGUGACCUCUUACAACUUCGAUGCACCAAUCUCUGAAGCAGGUGACUUGACGGACAAAUAUUUUGCAAUAAAGUCAGUCAUUUCAGAGUUUUUUCCAAUAGCUGAGAUACCUGUUGGAAACUCGAGUAAGGGAAGCUACGGAAGACUUGUCCUGGAACCAAAGAUAUCCCUGAGGGAUUCAGACACUGGGAUUGUCUACAACAACACAACGUAUCCCCAGACAUUUGAGGCCUUAGAGUUAUACAGUGGCCUGUUGUGGUAUGAGACCACUUUGCCCCUGGAUUUCUCUGGUACAUCUCUCCUAAUGGCUGAUGAUCUGCAUGACAGAGCCAUAGUCUACAUCAACAAGACAGCUGUCGGAGUACUGAGCAGAAGUACGACCACCUCAAUGUUUAUAUCAGAAGGAGCCGGCCAACCCUUAAGUCUUCUGGUGGAAAAUCAAGGUCACAUAAACUAUGGACAAAUGACGGACUUGAAGGGUCUUGUUAAAAAUGUAACUCUGGACGGACAAGUCCUGACUGACUGGAAGCAGACAGGUUACCCUCUGGAUAAUGUAUCGCAUGUAGCAACGUUACCGACUGUAGAACACGUGGAUCUGCCGGCUUUCUACUCUGCUAGGUUCCAACUACCAGAGACCCUAGAAACACCACUCGACACCUUUGUUGAUAUGACUGGCUGGAGCAAGGGUGUUCUGUACGUGAACGGACACAAUCUUGGCAGAUAUUGGCCAGUAGAAGGACCUCAGGUGACUCUGUACCUGCCGGGUCCUUAUUUGUUCCAGUAUCCUGACUACAACACAAUACUCGUGCUAGAACUGGAGAAAACCCAUCCUGACAGAACCAUUGAGUUUGUGCCAGAUCCUAUAUGGAGACCUUAAGUUUCACACAUGAAAUUAGGCAAUUAAUUUAUUUGGAAGGAUCUCAGUUACUUGCUUAACUAUUGUGAUGAUUAGGUUUAAGGAGGAGAGUUUAAGUAGGUACCACCCCUCUUAAUCAAUAAUUUUGAAAUUUGGAUUUACAAUUUAAAAAAUAGUUAUUUGUCAUCUAUGACUACUUGAUUUCUUUUAGCCUACAUUCAACAUUUACAGAUCUCUGUUUUUUCAUUUUUUACACACAUUACAAAGCUGAUUUCACCGAUAAAUUUCUAUUCAUACACUUUUAUAUUAUAUUGAAUGAAUAUUUAUAUUGAAAAUUUAAAUUAAAUUAGUACGGCUACAUUCAUACAUACGAGGGGGUACCCAAAAGUAUUGUAUUGUAUUGCU